GAUAUGAGUAGUUAUUUGUAGUAUGAGUAAGGGUAAGCAAGAUAUUUUCUCUGUUCAUAAUUAUUUUAUUUUCUAGCUCAAUAUUUAACAGGUCUUUGUUACACACACAUCUAGAUAUUAAUACGAUUCAUUUUAAGAAGUAUUGAAUAUUCAGUGACAACUACUGCUAAGAAAGACGUCUGAAAAAGUGAUGUGUUAACAAAAAUUAACACUUAUUAAAACCAGUAUAUAAGAAAUGGAUACGCUAGCGAUAUUCCCAUUGAUGUUGAAUUAAACAGAUCGCCGGACCGUGUACUGGGAUGAUGUUAGUUAACUACAGUAGCAGCUCUGAAGAUGAAACUGAAGUAUUGGAAAAUGCAAAGAGGCGCCAAAGUUGUAACAACGAUGACAGGUUGAGAAAGAAACACAAGCCAGAAUUAGAAGUCCCCAGUCACAGGAACAACUGCAAUGACCAUGAGUCUCUCUCAGUUACCUGUACUACUGCCAAAAGGCAGGAGUCCAAAAUGAAGUCAGAAACAACGCUUUCCAGACUGCCACUCCCUGACAGCCUGUUGGACAUGUUCACAGGGGAAGGGGAGGACUCUGACACGGAAAACAGCUCACAUCACGAAGGACGGAUACGCUCCUUCAAACAUGAGAGGGGGAACUGGGCCACAUAUGUGUACUUUCCAUACCUUCCAGAAGAGGAAUUCCUAGAGCUGCUGGAUGAGAUGCUGGCCUUAGCAGCGGCCCAUGGGGUCCCACUCUCCCGGGCACAGGACUUCCACCUCAGCAUGUCCCAGACAGUGGUCCUGCGACACCACUGGAUCCAGCCCUUCAUACAGUCCCUCAGAACCGGCCUGAGCGACUGCAGGAGGGAAACCUUACAGAGGAAAGAUGUGAUUGAGAUCUUUCUUUGUAGGCUAGUGUGUUCAGCAGAGAAACUGAGGGUCUACUCCAAUGCAGAGAAAACCAGAACCUUCCUGGGGAUGGAAGUCUCUAGUGGGCAUUCUCAGUUGUUGCAGAUAAUGAAGACAGUAGAUGGAACCAUGGAGGAGUUCCGCCUGGAUACAUUCUACAAGAAUCCAUCGUUCCAUGUCAGUCUGGCCUGGUGUGCGGGGGACUUUACUGAUUGUAUGCGUACCUGUCUACAAAAGCUCCAGGGCCUGGUUGACUGCCAUGAAGAUGGACGGUUCCUGCUGAGGGUGGACUGUCAGGAGCUCCGCUGCAAAUCAGGGAACAAGAUCUUCUCUUUCCCCUUAGUCUGCUGAUAUUUCAGUGAUGUACACGAUCUUCUCCUUUCCCUUGGUCUGCUGAGGGAAUAAUGCUGGUGUAGGACUGCUCAAAUAGAACUAGGAUCGGGUCUGACCCUAUCACCAUCCUCUCACCUGAUGUAUCAUUGAUGCUGUAAAUAAAGAUUAUUUUAUCAUA